AUGGAAUCCACUGGCGACCAGCCUCUUGCACAUGGUCUGCACAUUUUUGUCGCCAUCUUCUUAUACCAAGUCGACACAGAUNACCGCACUGCCGCCGCACAUGCUCUUGCCAGUGACUUUUUGUCCGCACGCGCCGCCGACGUCGAGACACGCCUUUGGAAUGCCCACAAUCGUCUGAAUGCACGUUUGCGCAAACAACUAAGCAAGUUGCGCAAGGAACGCCCUAGCAAGCCAGUUGAAACUCGCAAAUUCACCAAGCUGUAUCUUGAAUUUCUAAAGGACAGCCAGCGCUAUUAUCGAGACUAUAUCCAGAAGCUGAAUGUCAGGUUCGGCGGCAUCAAGGACCUGGAGCGCAUCGCCCGCCAGGUUCGAUCAGACUGUACAUCUUACCUAUUUUCACAUGUUGGUUACACAAAGACUGAUUUUUAUANNGCUGUCCCAAAGCUUUCCAGAAAGCCUGUGUCCCCUGAAGUCCAAGCCGCCGUCACUCUAUCCUGCCACCAAACUUUGAUUUAUCUUGGCGAUUUGUUCCGCUACCGUGCCGCUGAGAGACUCGACAAGGAGCCUGACUGGGGACCGGCUAUUGGUUACUAUGCCCUUGCUGCCUCAUUGCGACCCGAAUCUGGACUCGCUUUCCACCAACAAUCCGUCGUUGCCUUUGAACAGAACGACUUUCUCCGCUCGACAUACUAUCUCUACCGCUCUAUCAACGUCGACGAACCUCACCCCAACGCCAUUCCUAACUUGGAACUGCAAUUCAAGAAGAUUACCACUGGAUGGCAGAAAGGCGAUCUGGUGCCCAAGAACUCCCNNCCUCAGGACCCGGUUGCUUCGCGCAAUGCUCUCACCUCCUGGUUCAUUCGCUUCCACAGCCUCAGUUACAACGGCGAGCAAUUUGCUGGGUACGAUGAGCUCGAGCGUGAAGUUUUGAGCCGCACUAUCACUGAGAUGAAAGCGCCUACUGCUGGCAAUCAGUUCGAGAGCAAGCCUGAUCAACACAAAUUCAUGCACUCCUACUUCUUUNUUCUGCGUUUGAAUGUGAAGUUCUUCACAACAAUCUUGGAGGUUUACUACGCCGACCUCGAAAAGCACCUUCAGGAGCACACCAAAAUUUCAAAUCUUGUUGAAAAGCUUACAGACGUGGCACGUCAUGUCUUGCCUGCUUUGCGUCUCUACAGCACUUGGUUGUUGAGUAAUGCUCAUAUUGUUGCGGCACGUGUUGGCGACGAGUCAUUUCAAACAGCCAUGGAUCACUUUUGGCACAUUUACGCUAAAACACUAUCUGUCAUGGCAUUUAGUUUCUCGUUCCGCGAGCUUGAUGAGGUACCGUACCAGCUUGAGGAGGAUGUUGAUGCCUUUGGUCUCAGGCCCUUGAACUCGGAUCGGUCGCGCAAAGUCUGGUUGGACGAUGCAACUGGACAAACCAAGGCCAAAUACAACGAUGAAAGCAUCAAACGUCUCGACGCUAACCACGAGAUGCUCGGAAGAGUUCGCGAACUUCUUNUCGACGCUUUACUACUCGCUGUGGACAAAGAUGUACCUAUUACCUUUGACGGGUCGCACUUCAUCCACCAGGAUCCCAGUAUGACAGACGGCAAAUCAGUCAACCUAAUUCCAGAGGUUGCUCCAUCUCGUCGAACGACACGAACUAGUCCGGCAGUUGCGGUUCCGCAAGAACCUGCUGCGCAAAGAAACCCAUCCCCAGCCCUUGAAUCCACUGUGCCUGUAGCUACUACCACAAAGCCGCUAAAUCGAGAGGCUCAACUCAGCCAAAUGGUUGACGACCUUGUUGGACCCGACGAAGACGAUGUUGUUCCUACAGGCUUGCCUGGAAAAUCCUUCGUGCCGGCGAACGACUCUUUCAAUGUCCCCAGCUACAGGAGCAACGCUCCCCUGAGGGGAGUUUCGCCGCGUGGUUACCAGGCU